GCCGCCUCCGAGCCCACCUAGGGGACGGGGCGGGGCGCCCAGCUGUCGUCACCAGGACAACGGGCGUUGCCGGCGCCUUGUGACUCUGGGCUGUGGGCGCGCUUGCGGCUCUUCGGCCAUGGUUUUCUCAAAUAAUGAUGAAGGCCUUAUUAACAAAAAGUUACCCAAAGAACUUCUUUUGAGAAUAUUUUCCUUCUUGGAUAUAGUAACCUUGUGCCGAUGUGCACAGAUUUCCAAGGCCUGGAACAUCUUAGCCCUGGAUGGAAGCAACUGGCAAAGAAUAGACCUUUUCAACUUUCAAACAGAUGUAGAGGGUCGAGUGGUGGAAAACAUCUCAAAGCGAUGUGGUGGGUUCCUGAGGAAGCUGAGCUUGCGAGGGUGUAUUGGCGUUGGCGAUUCCUCCUUGAAGACCUUUGCACAGAACUGCCGAAACAUUGAACAUUUAAACCUCAAUGGGUGCACAAAGAUCACUGACAGCACGUGUUACAGCCUUAGCCGAUUCUGUUCCAAGCUGAAACAUCUGGAUCUGACCUCCUGCGUGUCCAUUACAAACAGCUCCUUAAAGGGGAUCAGCGAGGGCUGCCGGCACCUGGAGUACCUCAACCUGUCGUGGUGCGACCAGAUCACCAAGGACGGCGUCGAGGCGCUGGUGCGCGGCUGCCGCGGCCUAAGGGCCCUGCUGCUGAGGGGCUGUACGCAGCUAGAAGAUGAAGCUCUGAAGCACAUUCAGAAUUACUGCCAUGAGCUCGUGAGCCUCAACCUGCAGUCCUGCUCCCGCGUCACGGACGACGGCGUGGUGCAGCUGUGCCGGGGCUGCCCGCGGCUGCAGGCGCUCUGCCUGUCCGGCUGCGGCAGCCUCACCGACGCCUCCCUGACAGCCCUGGCCUUGAACUGCCCCAGACUCCAGAUCUUGGAGGCCGCCCGAUGUUCCCAUCUGACUGAUGCGGGCUUUACGCUUCUAGCUCGGAAUUGCCACGACCUGGAGAAAAUGGAUCUUGAAGAAUGCAUCCUGAUAACCGACCGCACGCUCACCCAGCUCUCCAUUCACUGUCCUAAGCUGCAAGCCCUGAGUCUGUCCCACUGUGAGCUCAUCACGGAUGACGGCAUCCUGCACCUGAGCAACAGCCCCUGUGGCCACGAGAGGCUGCGGGUGCUGGAGCUGGACAACUGCCUGCUCAUCACCGAUGUGGCCCUGGAGCACCUGGAGCACUGCCGCGGCCUGGAGCGCCUGGAGCUCUACGACUGCCAGCAGGUCACCCGAGCCGGCAUCAAGCGCAUGCGGGCGCAGCUCCCUCACGUCCGAGUCCACGCCUACUUCGCCCCCGUCACCCCGCCCACGGCCGCGGGCGGCGGAGGGCCGCGGCUCUGCAGGUGCUGCGUCAUCCUCUGACGGCCGCCCGCGGGGCCGCGCCGCCCUGCCCGGGCACUCGGUGUGCCGCUCUCCACCGGCACUGGCUCUGUUGAUUCUCCGGUGAGAAAGGCGUUUACAGGCUGGAGAAUCAAGACUAAAUUGAGCUAGUUCAUAUUGAUCUAUGGCAGAAAUGAAACCAAUAUUGUAAUGCAAGUAUCCUUUGAUUAAAAAUAAAUCUAAAAACAUAACUCUAAAAAAAAAGAAAGAAAAUAUUAAACACUGCUCUCACCCUACAGCCUCCCAGCCCAGCUCAGAGCGUGCCUUUGAGUAUUCUAGAUGAAAAAAGCUGAUUAACCUGCUCCAGCCCCCCGCCCCAAAACAUCAUGUCCACACUCCCUCUGCUGCUUGUCUGAGCACAUGGCAGAGACCAUCGAAUAAACUGGGUACUUAUACCCACCUUUUCUGGAAUAAUUAAUAAUCACUAGCUUUGCCUGCUGGCCUAGUGUUUCUCAGGAGAUGGCGAGAAGCAGUGCACGCAUUCAUCAAGGAACAAAUUAAAUUUGUCAUAAGGACAAACGUCUAAAACCAGGAACUGAGAUGGGGGGGCAUCCUGUGAUGCCUUACACUAGACACGCGUGCUGCCGUCAGAGGACACAGCCACACGCUCUGAACUGCCCUUGUUACAGACGGUGUCAGUUCUGCAGACUAAACACUAUUGCUUUGAAAAUGAAAAACAGAGGAAAGGGUGCUAGUCUUAACAGGGCUGUGUACAGAAAACAGCAGCGGGUCAGUUCAGUCUCAACAGCCCUGCGGGCACCUUGCUGGCUUGAGGCAUGUCCAGCAGGGUGAAGCCCUCAGUUCAGCCCCUCGCUUAGAGGGCGGCUACUCUUUUGAGUAACUUACCAGGAAAAAGUGACAGGACAUCUUGCUCUUUGAGGUGCAGCUUUCCUGCUAAGACUGGAUUUAGAUCUUAAAGGUCUCUUCUCAUAAUAACUUGACAUUUAAGAAACCCUCCUUUAACCUAACCCUUUAACUGGAAGUCUCUUGAGCCCCAUCUGAGCCUGCUCUUCACAUUCUCUCCCUCCAUAACCUGUUUCUAAAGCUUUGAAUCACCAAAGACACGCUGAAGGUUAAAUUACAUCUGAAAUCCAAGUAUCUCCUGCCAGCCCCAGCGGGUAUAAUUAACUCAACAUUGCCAUGUCCUAAAAUGAAAUCUCAACUUUUUGCAAACUUAUUUUUUAAUGGGUCUCAAAUUCUGUGACAUAUUUAAUCAAGUUGUUUCAAGUACUGAUUUUAAAAACUAAAAACUGCCACACACAAAUGGUCCACAAGUCUCCUUUCCUUCUGAAAGUUUUAUGAUACAUUGUUACCAUUAAGCAGACUUUUUCCUAUUAAAUGGCCAGUUGACACACACAGUUCUGAGACUGUUCUUCCACCACUGAUUAACUAGGGUGAUAAUGUUCACUUAGCCUUCUGAGCUUGCUAGCCAGAGGUGGGAAACCUUGCCAGCUCCAGCUGCCUUCUUGUCCACUGCUCUGAUGACACCCCCAGCGACCGUCUGUCCCAAGUCACGCGCAGCAGCCCAAAGAGGGUCGGGGGCGCUCUCAACACUGCCUUCCCCUCCACUGUGGCCACCGCCCGCGCAGCUGCUCCUGUAAGAGUCACGGCCUCUGCUCCUCCCGUGUGGGGCUCAGCAGGCCCUGUCCCUGUCUAGAACCCCCUCCCCUCUGGCCUAGAUGACACCUCCCGCCUCCACUUCUCCCACCUUCUGUCUCUACAGAGUUGCAACAGUGGAAGAAAAGACAAACGUACUCACAUUAUUCAUUUGUUUACAAACAAAUCACUGACUUUGCAGUGCAUUUCAAAGUCUAAGCUCCCACCACUACACCGCCUCCCAGACUUGGCUCCUGCUUUGCUGGCCCGCAGGCCUCCAGAGCAGCCCAGCUCCUUCCUCUGCGACAGCCUUGCCCUGCCUGGGUGCUGCUCCUCAUAGACGGCCUAAGAGCUUUGUGUGCCCAGCCCAGACGCCUGUGCAUGAGCACCACACUUCCCAUUCCUUCACGGCAGCUAAACUCCGUCUUUGUAAUUUGCGUGCAUCUGUUGACUUUUUCUGGUUUGCUUUCCCCACUAGAGCAGGGGAAGACCUCUCCAGAACCGACAGCAUGUGUCUGACAUGAGGUGCUCAGUGAAAUGUUGGCUGAAUGGACUGGGAUUUUUCUCCAGGCAUCCAGAAGGAUGGACUCCUCUUAUUUGCUAAUUUCUGUUUCUGUCACGAGACAGUGUCUGACUUCAUUUUUCAAACUUACUUAAGAUUGGUAAAACCAGCAUUUGCAAAGCCAGACAAGAGAUGACUGAUUUCAGGCAUGCCAUCUUUCAUGAUUCUAGCAUUUCAAGACACACACACACAUGCAAAGUACCUUUUACUGUGGAGAAUAAAAAACAACUCUCAUCUUGAAAGUUCUGAACCAUCUAGAAGGAUAAAGCAAACGUAUAAUUAAUAUCCAAGUGUCUUAACGGAUUAGGAAAGAUUAAAAUUUGUGAGAGAAAACUAUAAAAACACAUAUAUGGCUGCACAAGUACAGGACCCAACAGUCAAAACAGCACUUCACGAAGGCUGUGUGAGGUCACGGGCCUACACCUGGUGCGCGGCAUGCCCUGUGCUGACCUCGUACUCACGGGGGUCCCCGCGCUCUGGCCCGGCACCCGUGGGCCCACAGCGGGCAGUCCCCACCGGGCUCUCGGGCAGAUACAUGGACAAAAAGCUGCUGCAACUGCGUUUCCAUCACUGCUUGCUUCUCACGGAACACGGACGGGGAGAACUGCCCUCCUACCCUGCUUCUUAAAACCAGUCAUCAGAUAGGAAAACAAAAGGAAAGCCCAUCCAGAUGCCUCGCUUUUACAUAAAAAGGGUCAAAGCCCCAGGAACCUGGAGUCUCCCAGUGACCGGUGUCAGAGUUCAAAGCUGGUGGGCGCUGAGCCGUGGUUCUCCUUAAUCUGCAUUCCUUCUGCCACCCAGGACACCUCAACUUUUGGUUAUAAAUUCCUCCCAAUUUUGAUUCCCAACUCUGACUCAUGAGUACUGGCAAAAGAGGCCAGAGUUUUCCUACAGCUCUUCAGCAAUACAUACAAAAGCAAACACCAGUGUAAAGGAGGAAAGGGCAUGCCAGUUACCUGAUCACUAACAAGAAUGUGAAUACCAGUGGGACCCUGUCUGUAAACCUGGUUAAUUUGGUGGAAAGGAAUAUUAAACACCAGCGCAAGUUUUCUAGCAACUUCUGAGGCAACCAUUUCUUCCAAGUAGAUUGCAUGAUAAACUGAAAUAAAAAAUACGAACAGCAUUUUAAGCAGUCAUCUUUGAUCUGUUUUCCACCUAAUCUAUGGGAAGGUCACACCUUUCAAAGUACUAAAGAAAUAAGAUACAAAAAAGAUGAGUAGUUCCCCCUUGCUACCCAUUUAAAUAUAUUAUUUAUGUGUACACAUAUAAUUAACAGUAACCUGUACAAAAAUAUCUGUGGUUAUAAUUUUUUAUUAAACGCAAACAGGAACAGAGUACAGGUGGGCACAGAGGAUCACUGUGGAGCAAUGAGACUAAAACUGGAUGAUGGCAAUGGCUGCAGAUUGUGGAUAUACUACCCUUGAACUGUAUACUUGCAAUGGAAGGAUUUUAUGAUAUAUAAAUUAUAGCAAAAGAAAGCUGUUUUCAAAAAUAGUGUUUCUAGCAAUAUAUAAAAAGAACUCCAAAGAGGUCACAGUUUUUGAUUCAGUAAACCUACUACUGGAAAUUUAUCUUAAAGAAUAAAAGCUACGUGUCCCCCAAAGGAUUCACAACAGUGUGAAAGACAGUGCAGGAGAGGCUAAGGAAGCGGCCCCCAGGCCCAGGAGGCUGCUGGCUCCAGAGAAGGCCUGGGCCCCGGAGGCUGCUGGCUCCAGAGAAGCCCUGGGCCCCACCGAGACAGCACACCUGCAGGGAGCCGGGCCUCCGCAGGUCCUGCUCAGCUACUGAUGAAAGCCAAACAGGGAUAAGGAGCUCUGGGGCAGGGCCUGCAUGCGUUCUCUUAAGAUGAAACUUCAUCAGAACAGCUGAGAAGGGCGCUGCCUCUCAGCGGCCGCCUCGAGCAGGCGGCCCCCACCCACUCCGCAGGGCAGUGACAGGAAGCAGAGGGUACCCCCGCCCAUACCUACCCCCCCCAUACCCACCGACCAUACCCACCGAAGGGCGUGGCGCUGCCGCUCUCGCCCCCGCCCGCCGCCGGCUGCUGCCCCUGCGGCGCCGGCUGCUCGCGGCAGACGUAGAGGGUCAGGCGGGGCCGCACAGACCUGCAACCAGAAGACAGCGCUCGUGAGCCGGGGGAGGCGCUGCGCAUGGGCAGCUACGAGGGCGCUAGGGGCUAGUUCCUUAGGAGGACUUGACAAGCCUACUUCAUUAUACGAGACAAUUUACCGAUAAGAAUAUAAAAACACACACCUCACACCAACUAUCACAGGUUAGCACAGGUGGUCUAAUCUGAUGAUCCAGACUCUAAACCAUUGAGAUGGUCAGAUAGAUGCUGGUGAAUUUAAGUUUCAACGUUAUAUCAGCAGUUUAACAUCAGUAAAAUUCAGUUUAAUGCAAUUCUCACACCAAAAGUCUAGAAAUAGCAACGACAGUAAAUGAUCUUGAAAGCCAACACAGUUUACAUUCUAACAACUGUUCAGUAGUGUCUCAUGACCUUGAAAACCACAGAUUCUGCAGAGCUGACCGAAACAAGAAGCUUGUUUUCUUGGCAGCAAGCCCAGUCGCGCAGGCCCCAUUUCUAGUGUGGGGUCCGCUGCUGCCCUCCGUGCCUGCGCCGCAUCUGCGCCUGCCUGAAGGCGCGCGCACAGCCCGCUCGCACGCACAGUGGCCCAGCUGCCCACAGCCCCGCACAAACAAGGGCAGGGCCUCAUUUCAAGCAGAACAGCUCCUUUUAAACUCCGUGUUUUACCUUGACUUCAGGGAAUUAUAGAGCCGGAUCCCGUCGGCGGCACCACAGAUUUGUACUAGGUCCUCCUUGGUCAGUUUCAACAAGUCGGCACCU